AUGUUAAGUCAUCCUCGUGAUUCCCCCUCUUGGAAGCUUAUUGAUAGAACGUGGAAAGAAUUCGGAGAAGAAAAAUGGAAUCUUAUAUUAGCCUUGUCCGUUGAUGGUAUCAAUCCUCACAAGUCAUUAAGUUCCAAGCAUAACUAUUGGCCGGUUAUCUUAAUAACUUAUAAUCUACCCUCUUAUUUGUGCAUGACAAGAAAAUUCAUUAUGUUGACUCUAUUGAUAUCAGGUCCAAAACAACCUGGUAACAAAAUUGAUGUCUACUUGGCACCAUUGAUAGCAGAUCUAAAACUCUUAUUGGAAACUGGCGUGAAGACAUAUGGUUCUUAUAAGAAAGAAUACUUCAAUCUAAGAGCAAUAUUACUUUGGAAUAUAAAUGACUUUCUCGCAUAUGGUAAUCUUUCGGGGUGUGUUACCAAAGGUUAUUAUGCGUGUUCAAUAUGUUCAGAGAAUACUUGUUCACAGUGGUUGCCAAAUUCGAAAAAAGUAUGCCUUCUUGGUCAUAGAAGAUUCCUGCCACUUCAAGAUCUUCUUCGUAAAAGAAAAAAAUAUUUCAACAAUCAACAAGAGGAUGAUGUUAUAAAACAACCAUUAUCAGGUGAAGAGAUUUACGACUAUCUGAGGGGGUUUGAGACUUCAUGGGUUAAUAAGACAACGUCUAAGAAGAAAACGCCAACGAAGAAAAUGUCAAAGAAGGAAAAAGAAAGAAUCGUUGAGAGAGCUAAAUUUUGGCACUACAAAUCAAUUUUUUUUGAACUUGAAUAUUGGAAGAAGUUGCUUGUUCGUCAUCAGUUAGAUGUUAUGCACAUAGAGAAAAAUGUGUGUGAGAGGGUUUAUGGGACAUUGUUGAAUUUGCCUGGCAAGACGAAUGAUAGGUUAAGAGCACGAAAAGAUCUUGUGGCGAUGAGCAUUAAGCCUGAAUUACAAACUCAACCAAGAGAGAAUAGUACUUGGCUUCUGCCUGCGUGCUACACAUUGAAUACCACAGAGAAACACCAGUUUUACGAGACCCUGUCUACCAUAAAAGUGCCUGAUGGGUAUUGUUCAAAUUUCAAGAAUCUCGUGUCUGAUGAUGUAUCAAAGAUGAAUGGUUUGAAGUCUAAUGAUUUUCAUGUACUGAAGCAACAACUUCUCCCUUUUGCAAUAAAGGUGAUGUUACAUGUGAAAUAUGUUUGUGUCAUUUUUUUCAACGUGUUGUGUAGUAAAGUCGUUGACAUUAAUAAGCUAGUUAAGUUACAAAGUGACAUUGUAUUAACUUUGUGUUUGUUAGAGAAGUAUUUUCCACCUUCGUUUUUCAAUGUCAUGAUUCACUUGAUGGUGCAUUUAGUUAGAGAGGUGAGGUUAUGUGGCCCGGUUCAUUUUAGGUGGAUGUAUCCAUUUGAGAGAUACAUAAAAAAACUCAAAGACUAUGUACAAAAUCAUAAUCGACCCGAAGGUUGCAUUGCAGAAUGUUAUGUGGCAGAGGAAGCCUUGGAAUUUUGCUCAGACUACUUAAAAAACAUGAAAUCAAUUGUCAAUCCUCAUGAACGUACUGAUGAAAGAAUUCGCACAGGCAAACCUUUAUCACGAGGUACAGUCAAGGUUGUAGAUGCUAAGCUACUUGAUGAAGCUCAUCUUUACGUAUUACGAAACACUGCUGAUGUGGAGCCGUAUAUAGAGCAGCAUAUGUUGGAAUUGAAUGAUCAUAACCCCCGUGCCUCUCGAAAUAGUAAAUGGUUGCAGACUCAGCACAAUCAGACAUUUAUUAGUUGGCUUAAGACUAAGGUUGAUACACAUUUGGCUAACGGGGAAGACAUUUGUGAAAGUGUUUAUUGGUUGGCCAAAGGGCCAAGUUUUACUGUGAAGAAAUAUAGUGGUUUUGCCAUAAAUGAGUAUCGGUUCCAUACAACAUCUCGAGAUGAAUCAAGAAUAACUCAAUGUAGUGGAGUAUCUCUAGUUGCACAUGCUAUCCAGAUUGCUAGUGCAAAAGACUCCAAUCUCGUGUAUGGCACUGUUACUUACUAUGGUCGUAUACAGGAUAUAUGGGAUCUUGAUUAUCGCAUAUUCACUGCUCUUGUUUUCAUGUGUGAUUGGGUUGAUAGUCAUGGAAUAAAAAAGAUGAUUUUGGAUUCACAGUGGUUAACUUUUCUAGGCUUGAUCACCAAUCUGAACGCUUCAUAUUAG